AUGACUGAAAGUCUUGCUAAUCAAAGGAGAGAAUUCCAAUCUUGGCUGGAAGAUCAUGCUCGUGAGAUGAGGAGGCAUCAAGACGACCAAGAUCGUCGCACCCAAGAGGCUGCCGACUUAAUACGAAGCUACUUCAAUCAAAACACUCAAGGGAUGGGUACUGAUGCCAACAAUCAACAUGUACCUCAAACCUACCCUCGGGAGGUCCCUACCUCAAGGAACCAGAGGGAGAGGGUGGUCUAUGGACCUGAAGAGCGCCCAAGGAACCAAGAAAGGACUAGGAGUCACCCCUCCAACAGGGUUCCCCGCAAUAAUAAUCGACCACCCCCGAUUAAUGAGCAAGUCGUACCCGGCCAUCAUAUGGGACGCGAUGACUCCCACAAUGUCCGUCUAAGGCGGAGUGGUGGAGGAAACUCUAGAAACAAUAAUGGUGAUCGUGGCAGAAAUAGUGGAAGGACGCCCCAGCGUAGGGAAUGGCAACCCCGCAAUCAACGUGGCCAACCACGAGAUGGCAAUGAUCGCCCAAGAAAUAGUAGGUCUAGAGGGAGAAGAGAAGACCCUGAGGUCAACAGUGACGACCAUCCAAACUACCCUGACAGUCAUGGUGAUGAUGAAGUUGAAAGUCGGGCUAACAACCAACCAAAUCCUGAGAUGGGGGGUUAUCAAGCCAGAGGGCCGUAUGCCCCUAAUAGGCAACAUCAACCUGAAAAUCCACCCCAAAGGGGUAGGAAUGACCAAGUACCACCCCCAGCUGAUGGAAGGGCUGAUAGUCAGAACGCUGGAGGAAGGCCAAGAACUGGAUCAGUUUUUGAACGGGUAGGCCCCCGAGGGGGUAGAGACCUGCGGGACGCCCUCACCAGAAAUAGAGAUAAUCGUGGUUCCAACAUAGUGAACCCACCCGAGCCAGACCAAGGGGACCAAGCGAAUGUUGGUGCCAAUUGUUAG